AUGAUUGUUGUUUACUUCAGUUUUAGUCUAUUAACACAUCAAAAUUCCUCUGAAUGUGCACUUGCUGAGCUUGUGUUGGACAAAUAUUCCAGUGUUAACUUCACUGGUGUCGUUUGGGUACCUGGAGCGCAACCAAAUAGUUCGGCGAGUAGGUCCGGGUGGGAGUUUUCUAUGAACCAUAAUUGGAAAAUUAUAUCAAAUGUUAUAUCAUUCCAAAGUUUUGAAAAAAUUAAAUCGCACAGUUUUCACGUAGAACUGUGGAAAACUUGAGAUCAAGUCUUGAUAAUAAUAAUUCUUGAUCCUCAAGAAAUGAUGUAGCAUUUGGUAUGUAUAAUCUUUCAAUUAUGCCGUACUCUUUUCAAAAAAAACAUCGUAUAGAUCAUUUCGCUUUCUUCGAACCACUAAAUGUAUCAUUGACAAUAUUUUUCUUCAUUUUAACUUUUAUCAAAAUCCAUCAAAAUCGUCACAUUUUAUCGGAAACACGAAAAAAAGCCGAGUUAUCCAUCAUAUAUCAGAAUGCGCCAAUUAUUUUGUCUUUCAUUUUUAAAUAUCUCGCAGUGUUGGUGAUUUACUUCAUUCGAGUUGAAAAUGAUGAUCGAGAUAGCUUUUUUUUAUCUUUCAUUUGCAAUAAUUUGACAAAUGUUACUCUAGUUUUUCCAACCGUUUAUACAUUUGCUAAUUUCAAACGACUUCGAAUGGAUUUCUUAAAAUUUUGUUGCUGUUUGAAAUGGAUUACUUUUUGCAAAAGUGGAAAUCGGAUAAGUGAUCAAUCUUUACAAUAUAUGAGCACAACAAGACAUGCGAUGGAUCCUGCUGCUGCUCCACCACCAAAUAAUUGA